UAAUGUAGUGGAGUUGAUGGUAGAGGCGGGAGGCGGUGUGGUUGGGGGCGCCGCCUAGUGGGAGGUCCGGGAGACUUCUUGCGCAGUGGCGCUGUUCAUCUCUGCCGGAGUCCGCUCUUUCUUCUCUCUACACCUCUUAUUACACCAGUGUGAAGAUGGUGGUUAUUGAAGUGAAGCCCGAGUAUGGCUACUGUGUGCUGGUAGCAGUAGGCUCAUCCUUCAUGCUCAUCUGGAAGGCCUUGAAGGUGGGUUUCAUGCGUAAAAGUUUGAAAAUCUAUUAUCCCACAAUGUACAGCCUAGAUAACAACCUCUUCAACUGCUAUCAAAGAGCACACCAAAACACUCUUGAAAAUUACCCAACUUUCUUGACAUUACUGCUUUUGGGAGGUCUGCAUAAUCCUGUGCUGAGUGCUGUAGGGGGAGCAGUGUGGUGUGCUGGUCGGGUUGCUUAUGCACUUGGCUACUACACAGGAGAUCCCAGGAAACGUAUGCGUGGCAGCUUUGGAUACUUUGGACUGAUAGCUAUGCUGUACUGCACAGUGCGUCUAGGCACAGGGAUGCUUGGAUGGUUUUAAGAUGAACUUGAGAAGUUCACUGCUCUUUGCAUCAAGUCAAUUUGUUAGUGUUGCCAGAACAGUUUUUAUAUAUGUACUGUAGCUUAGGGUGUUCUUAAUUUUCAAUCCAUUUUGGUGUUGCUUUUGAAGCUCAAGACAAUUCUAAUAACCAGUUUGGAAUAAAAAAAAAUCAUCUGGAUUUUUAAGACUACAGUAUUUUGCUUUCAUAGGCACAUUUGAAAAGUUAUCUUAAGAAUUCUAUUCCUAUUUUUGAAGGAGCUUCUAUGGUGGCUUCUUGGUGCUUGCUACCUAACAAACUCCACCCAAUUCAAUCCAUGCCAGGGCCUUGCAAAUCAUAUAUCAAUACAGGUAAUUGCUGAUCAAUUAAUUGCAGAACGAUCACAUUUGAAUGUGGUUGUCCUGCAAUACAGUACCUUACCUUGAGGUGCUUCCGGGGCUUAGCGUCCCCGCGGCCCGGUCGUCGACCAGGCCUCAGUACAGUAUAAGUUUUACUUAUACUUUUUUUUUAUUUUUAUUUUUUUAUUUUUACUUAUACUUUACUUAUUACUUUUACUCAGUACAGUAUAAGUUUUAUAUAUACAGUAUAUGUAUGUAUAAAAAGUAUAUGUAUUUAUCACUUCCUAGACUGAGGUGAGCUUGGUCUGUAAAUAUUUGUUGGUGGUGCAGCUGCCCUUGCACCACUUCAGUCUUGCCUGUUUACACCUUCCUUACCUUAGGAUGUGAGUAUAUGUGCAACUGUAUGUUAAGUUGCCUUCGCUUUUAGGGCCUGCCGUCACGGAAGAUCAUAGGGCACUCUGCUGCUUUUUUGCAUGCAUGGGCUAUUUUGAUGGCUUUAAUGCCUUGGCUGGUAUGCCUGUGGGUAUAUCCUUGUUGCCCGUGGUCAGGUCAUUGGAGGUGCUACCCAAGCUGCUUGGUCCUUUGUUUCAGAAAGUGGUGGCGGGCUUCUAUUUUGCAUGUUUGUCUUGCCUGUAGGGCCAUGCUGGUUGCUGAUUUAGAUUCAACUUGUUCUUGUCCAUUUUGAACUUCUACUUUUUUCCCUCUUCUUGUUUCCUGAGGUUGCUCAUCUUCAGUUCUUUCAGCUGUUGCAGUGGCAUUUCAGCCUCUCAGUCAUCUGUUUUUGCAGCAGAGUCUGCCCCUACUGACUGAGGCCAGAAAUUUCAGUGCAAGUUUUCACCUGUUGUUGGUCGGAGUAGGCUUCUGGAGAAGUUAGAUUACUGGGUCGUUGCACUUCAGAUUUCACUCCUGUUUCAUGUCACAGAGGGGUGUGUUGGUUUGGAGUUUCUUUGCACUAGCCUUUUCGCAGUUUACCACCUUUAAUGAUGCUGUGGAGGAAUGUCAGGUCUGUUUUCCCAACUCCAGGUCCCACUAUGCAUGGCUUUCCACGUAUAGUUUCCAGGGGCCUACAUUGGAGGCCCCUGGAAACACCUCCUUGGGUGUUGUGGAUCUAGGGCCAGCAAUCUACUUCACAGUUCUCUCAGUCAUUGCAGAGUGGUUAGAUGCUGGAAUGGUCGAGUUAACCCCAACAGUGAGGUGGUUAUUCUGAUUGUUCUUAAACCCCAAGCAGGACCUACAAAACCUUCAGUACAUUCUUGACAUUUUGGGUUUGAAUCACUUCAUUCCCUGUCCAUCUUUCUGCAUGACCACCUUAGCUCAAGUCUGCCUGGUGUUGCAGGCAGAUUCCUUGGUGUUACUAGACCUAUGGGAUACCUGUUGGGAUGUGCCCAUUCAUCUCAUUUUCAGGGACUGGUUAGGUUUUGUGGUGGCACAUCAGGCCUACCAAUUCCAGGUUCUCACAUUUGGCUUGAAUCUGUUACUCCAAACAUUCAGCCUGUUGGUGAAUGUAAUGGUUCUUCACCUUCAGUUGCUGGAGAUUUACAUCUUUGCCUACAUUGACAACUGGCUGGUUUUGACUCCUAGUCUGUCCAUGUGUUUACAAAGCAGAGAUCAGAUUCAUUCCAAGCUCACCAGGUUUGGAUUUUUGGUAAAUUGGAGAAAGUCCUAUUUGUAGCCAUAAAUAGGUUCAAAUCUGAUUGGACUUGGUCUGGGAUUCUCAAUCAGCUCCCCUUCCCUUCCUGUUGCAUACCUGCUCUGCAUGAACACUCAUCUCUGCCUGGUGAUGGGAAGUGCCUGGGUCACCUGUCAUUUGCUCGAGUGGCUAUGUGGGAGCCUGAACUUUGCUUGCAUGGUUUAUCCUCUGGGGAGGGUUGGCCCCCAGCAUUGUACCGUUUUCUUCAGCUCCUUCCCUUUCACUGGGCCAUCGGGUUGAGGGUCUGUGGGCCAUUUGAUGACUUUUGGUUUACCAGUUUCCUCUUAAAGUUUUCAGGGUUCUGUUCCAUGGUGCUUACCUUCCCUUCCACUUUACCCCUUUUACAAACACUUGGCUUUAGGUUUGAUGUGGAUUAAAUUAGGUGGAGCUUACCAGGUAGCUCACCAAGGACCUACCAGAAAGAGGCAUUUCAUUAAAUUCAAUGCUGGUUUUUAUCACUUGUCUUUUUUUUCAUAGUUAAUAGUUUAAGCCACAAAUUGUUAAAUAAAUUAAUAUAAAUAUGGAAAUACAUUUAAUUGCUGUUUAUAGCCUUAUUGCUUAUCUUGUAAAAGUAUAUGUAACUAUGCUGAUGAGUUAUUUACAACAUCUUCCCUUUCCCACACACUCGAUGAUGAGGGGCCAUAUAAACACCUAUCCUUCCCCAUACUUCCCAGAACGAGAAGCAUAUAAAAAACCUUCUCUUCCUCAUAUACUCCAGAAUGAAGGGGCUUGUACAAAAAUGUCUGUCCCCCAUACGCACCAAGACAACACCUCCUCUUUCCCACAUAAUCGAGAAUGAGUGGGUUUGUACAGCAACUUCCUUUCCCUGUUCACUCCAGAUAAAGAAGCAUACACAACAUCUUCCUCUCAACACACUCCACAACAAGGGAAAGAGAUGAAAACUAGAGACAAUUUAGUUACAGAUGUCAAAAAUAGAAUGAGGGUUGGUUAAAGACGUUGAAAUCAAGCCAAUGCAGUUAUUAAUGUAAAAUGAAAAGAAAAAUGAGGGAACAUUCCCAGAAUUUUAUUACAAAAUAUUCGGAAGAUGGGGCUUGGGAGCUGACACUUGACUAUACCAGUACUGUACUGUACAUGCAAGCAUACUGGUAGAAUAUCGAGAUGAAUAUAUGUGGGCAAUUAAAUAAAGCAAUGUACUCAUUUAAAACAUACAUUAUUUAUCAGAUGCUAUAUUCAUUUUGACAAAAAGAGUAUAAUGACUUUGUAAGAUUAUAAGCUUUAUUGUUAAUUUAUGUGAAUACAGGUAUAAAUUAAAUAUAUUACUAAAAUUAUAUUAUUAAAUUAUUACUAAUAUAUUAAUAAAAUUAAAGUACCGCAAUUUGCUGUGCGCGCAGCCUGUGCCACUCCAGACUCCAGUGUCGUCUGUGUUCUUCCAAUACAGAAAUUUUGCCCACUCGUCCCAAGCAGGAACAUAUUUUUAUGCCUACAUUAUUUGAGUUUUUGUAUCAUGUGGCAACUGUGCUGCAGUGAGAGGGGGGUCUCACUUGGGAUACUUCUGCAUAUUUCAAACACAUAAGGGAGCUCUUAAUAUAUUCUAUAUUGUCCUGUAUGCCUGUUUGGCAUGUGAAAGGAAUUACCAUCCGCCUACAUUGAGAAAAUUUUUAUAUAAUGUAGACCUGUAUGUAGAAAAGUAGGGUAAAAAAUAUAGGCAUAGAUAAUUAAAGAAAAAGUUUGACUCAUUGUAAAGGCAGUAAGGAUGGAAUAAAAACACUGCAGAACACUCUGGUGUUGCAGUCUGAGUGUAGUAGAAAAGCCUGCACUGAAUACCUUUUUGGCCCGACACUUUUGCAACCACACAUCCAUUGAUGAAAGAAAUGGUAGCACCUUUCCAUUAAAAGGACAAUACUGGUAGUCCAGUACUGCACUUCUGUGGAUAUAUGGGGCAAUUAUGGAGUGUCUCUUUUGCUAUCAAUAAAUAAUCCCUUAUGACAAUUAUGUUUAUGGUAAUAUAUAAUUUAGCCCUACAUUAUAUAAUGUUUUCGUUAUAUAUUUCUUAACAGUGAAUCAUCCUGUAACUUCAUAUUGUAAUAAAUAUUCUUCUUAA